GGACACAUUUUAUCAACAUUCAUGCAUAUCAAAAAAGUAUUUUCAUUUCAAGCACGACUAAAAACACCUUUUUCCUCUCACACCGACAGUUUCAAGAAGCAAGGAGGAGAAUUCACAUAAAUCAUGGUGGAGAUUCACGAAGAAAUCGACCCCUUUGAUCAAGAAGAACAUGAAGAGGAAGAAACCGACUAUGAUCAGCUAAAGAAGCGGAUGCAGAAGGAUCGGAUCCUGCUGCAGCAGAUGAAGGAGAAACGCCCCAAAGAAGAGGCAGGCCAACAAGAAAAACAAGAAGCAUCUAGGCGGAAGAAGAUGUCAAGAGCACAAGACUCUAUCCUCAAGUACAUGGUGAAGAUUAUGGAGGUUUGCAAUGCUCAAGGUUUUGUGUAUGGUAUUGUCCCUGAGAAGGGAAAGCCAGUGACUGGUUCUUCUGACAGCUUGCGUGAGUGGUGGAAAGAAAAGGUCAAAUUUGAUCAAAAUGCACCAGGCGCCAUUGCGAAAUACAUGCCACUCCUUGAAACAGAUGAGUUGGAUCCAAGUUCCUACAUACAUCUCCUUAAUGACUUGCAAGACACUACUCUGAGUUCACUACUUUCUGCUCUGAUGCAACAUUGCAUACCUCCCCAAAGAAGAUUCCCUCUUGAGAGAGGCUUGGCUCCACCUUGGUGGCCCAGAGGGGCAGAGAAUUGGUGGGGUGAACAAGGCUUUCUGGCCCAUGAACAUGGCCCACCUCCUUAUAAGAAGCCCCAUGACCUCAAAAAGGCUUGGAAAGUGUCUCUCUUGGCUGCAAUCAUCAAACACAUGUCUCCUAAUUUGGACAAACUUAGAAGGUUGGUGACUCAGUCCAAGACUUUGCAAGAUAAAAUGACAGCCAGGGACACAGCAACUUGGUCCAAGGUCAUGAACCAAGAAGAAACACUGCUGCAAUUGGCCAAUAAAUGCCUCAGAAUAUCUCCAUCAUCAGAGGAAGAUGAAAACGAGUGCGAAAGCUCCACUGCUAGUACUAUCAUCCAUGAAGGUGGCAACAUUAUUGAGAAAAGGAAGAGUGACGUGUUUGACUUAGAUGCUGUUGUUGAUAAGCUAUAUGCUUGUCAAUACUAUCAGUGUCCACAAAGUUUAAUGGGUAUGGGAUUUCUUAACAAAAACUCAAGGAUGAACCAUGAGUCCCUCUGUGCUUACCGCACUAAUGAAAGCCAAUCUGAUCUCCUUCAGGAUUCUCAGUCCAAUGACACACAAAUUGCAAGUGUGGAUGAUUGGAUGAUGAACUUGGAGGUAGCAAGAGCUAACCAGAAUGAGAAUAACCACCCUGUUGGCCAUCCGAUUAACGAUCAGUUUAGAGAUAUUGCAGGAAAGACAUCAGAAGAAGAUUAUGGAUGCUUAUGGCCAAAGUCCCUUGAAGAUCUUGAUUUGCAAGCUGCACUGAAUCAGAUGGACAUGGACUUGAAUCCAAAUCCAGAGCAAGAUACACCACAGGGCCAAGAAGUAACCUCAAUUUGGGACUUACCCUACAAAUAAUAAGUUCCUCGGCCCAAGCUUGGAUCGAUUCUGCACUGCUACUGCUAUGUCUAUACUAAUUAAAAAACUUCGUACCCCAUUGCCUAGAGGCUCUUCGCUAUGCGAAGGUAUGGGGGAGGGAUGUUGUACGCAGCCUUACCCUUACAUAUGCAAAGAGGCUGUUUAUGUCUAUACUAAUUAAUUAUUUAAAUAUUAAUUAAUAAGGCAAUGUCUCCUGAUGUAAUACAAGAUAGCCUUUAGCUUCGUACAAGUUCUAUAAGCAUUUCUUCUUCAGUUCAUGUUUGGCUCUCAA